GCCGAGCUUCUGCUGCUGGGAAGGCUGAAACACCCCAACUUGGUGAAUCUGAUCGGAUACUGUUCCCAGAAGAACCAGGCGAUGCUGGUGUAUGCACUGAUGCCGCAUGGGGGGCUGGAUACAUGGUUACUGCAAGACUCGCCCCGCCCUGUGCUGACGUGGCAGCAGAGAAUACGGAUCGCUGUGGGGGCAGCACAGGGCCUGGCUUACCUGCACGGUUCAAACAUCAUUCACCGGGAUCUCAAGUCGUGCAAUAUCCUCUUAGACCAGCACAUGCGCGCCAGGCUGACAGACUUUGGAAUGGCGAGGGCUGGCCCAGAGGAGGGGAAGACGCAUGUUUCCACUCAAAUAAAGGGGACAUUGGGGUAUUUAGACCCCGAAUACAUGGACACUGGCCACCUGGCUCCCACCAGUGACGUUUAUUCCUUUGGAAUUAUCCUGUUAGAGCUACUAACCGGCCGGCCUCCAUUCGAACCCGAAUCAUCCACUUACCUUGUCUUCUCUCCACCCUCUCCCUUUCUCCCAUCCCUCCCUCGCCAGGCCACCUCGUUCCCACCAGUGACGUUUAUUCCUUUGGAAUAA